CUCAGCCUGGCACCGCCUACCGGAUUUCUCCUGCUGCUUGCUGGCUCCUCCUUCUCACCGCCGGAAGCGCUGUUGCCGGCACCAUCUUCCAGCGCAUGAUGCAGCCAGGCACCGCGGCCGCCCCCACGAUUUUGCACCAUUCCCGCCGGAGCUGAAUCACCUGCCAUUCUGCCAGUGCCCACCAAUCCUUGACGACCACUGAGGAAGCUACAACUGUCUCACCCAUCCCUUCUACGUUUCAGAUAUUAAACUUCUUUUUGGGAAGAUUCCCACUGGAGCUGAAUCACCUUUACCCCGACAUAAGAACAUCUUUGAUCAGCUAUAUAGUUCCCCUUUGAUAUAUCAGAACUAAUUUUAUUUUGGCUGCAAUCACCUGUAGAAGAUUGAAUAGCUUUGAAUAUCUGCUGCCUCUGUUGCUUGAAGCCCAAUGGCUGGAAGACCACAGGAGCCACCAAUGUUUCUUCUUUGUCCCAUUGGAACAUCAAUAUUUUGGAAUAUUUUUUUUUAUCAUUGGCAAGAUGUAGCCCAGUCUGCUAUGUGGAAACACUGCUGCCAACCUGCUAUUAAAGACAUGCAUCCACCAUUUUUGCUGCCUGCCAGAGUUGCACUGCAGCCCAGCAGGACCAAUCGGGACUAUAGCUGAAAGCUAGACAGUGGAGCAAGAUCACCUACUAGUCUGCAAUGUUGAAACACUGCUGCCAGCUGUCAAGGUCUACAAAGAGAAACUGUCAACAAUUUCAUGUUGCCCAAUCUGAGGGCAGUAAGGGUCGAUGGCGGUGCCUGAAACGUGCGAGAGAUCUGUGUCAGAACCGCCUGGUGCAGAUGGCGAUCAGUCUCAUCGUGGUCGCAGUCCUUGGAGUAGUCCUUGGAGGUAUCUUCUCUCGUGUUAUCGGCCCCUGCCGUCCUGUAUCUCCCUCCUGCCCCAAUAAGUGGAUGAGGUCUGAAGGGAAAUGCUACUUUAUAUCCCGGGAAACCAACGACUGGAACUCCAGGCUGGAAUUCUGCCGAUCAGAAGGAGGAACACUGCUGACCAUGGAUAAUGAGACGCAGGAAGAUAUAAAGACUCUCUCUAACCUGACCGGGGAAUACUGGGUCGGCCUGAAAAAGGAAGGAGGAGAGUGGAAGCAGAUGGAUGGUUCAGUGUGGACGGGACCCAUAGAGUAUGAUGGCCCCCAGUUGAGCUGCUGUGUGUUGGAUUCUGGGAGAUAUUUGGCCUUUGCUUGUUCAACUCAUAGGCCCUGGAUCUGUGUGAAGUCUGCGGUCGCUGGGAUCAGUAACGCAGGGAGCACAGACCGUGAUCAUCAGGGUCGCCUCUCUGUAUGCUGACCGGCCGGGAUGGCCGCGGGGUCGCCUCUCUGUAUGCUGACCGGCCGGGAUUGCCGCAGUGUCGCCUCUCUGUAUGCUGACCGGCCGGGAUUGCCGCAGGGUCGCCUCUCUGUAUGCUGACCGGCCGGGAUGUCCGCAGGGUCGCCUCUCUGUAUGCUGACCGGCCGGGAUGUCCGCAGGGUCGCCUCUCUGUAUGCUGACCGGCCGGGAUUGCCGCAGGGUCGCCUCUCUGUAUGCUGACCGGCCGGGAUUGCCGCAGGGUCGCCUCUCUGUAUGCUGACCGGCCGGCAUGUCCGCGGGGUCGCCUCUCUGUAUGCUGACCGGCCAGGAUUGCCGCAGGGUCGCCUCUCUGUAUGCUGACCGGCCGGGAUUGCCGCAGGGUCGCCUCUCUGUAUGCUGACCGGCCGGGAUGUCCGCGGGGUCGCCUCUCUGUAUGCUGACCGGCCGGGAUGUCCGCAGGAUCGCCUCUCUGUAUGCUGACCAGCCGGGAUCACUGCGCAGUUAAUGAUUUUAGAGUUAGAAAGCUUAUCCUGUCAUGUGACUCAUCUUAAGGAAUCGGGCUUUGGAGAGGAGGCAGGACCUCUUCUUUAGACUUUGAGGAGACAGCACACGUUCGCCCCCCACCACCAUUCUGAGCCCUGACCCUGUUACAGCACUGAGCUCCUCGUAGGAUCCGUGAUCCAGAGAAAUAACUGCACACGUUCUGUACGACCACGAGCUGAGUGCGGUCAAGAUUUUAUUCAAUGAAAUGGAUUUGAUUUUUAGUAUUUUUGUAUUAGACUUUGACCCAUUCAUGACAUCAGGCUUACAUGCUGGGUCUUUAUAGAUAGUGCCUGCUCAACAGUCGCCUGGUGCCGGCUAUUUUACAAUCGUUGAAUGGAUUUUUAACCCUUCAGAGGUCGUGAUCAGGGCAUUUGUGUGCCUUCUGAAGACUGAGGCCUGCCACAGCACUGUUCCUACCUGGCCCUGCUCGUGGCGUACACUGAUUCUCCCAUAGACUGCAGUAGUAAGUCAUUGCAGUCUAUGGUGCAAAUGAUUGCUUGUUAAAGUCUUCUAGGGGGACUUAAAAGAGAUGUAUUGAAAAAAAGUUUUAAAUAUUAAAAAUAUAAAAAAUAAAUAGAAUGAUCCUUUCCACAUCGCAACAUGCCUGAACUAAUUAAAUACCCAAGUAUUCAUCCAGAAUAGUGUACCCGAAAGCAAUCAGAAUGGACGAUUUGCCGUUGUUUGGUCAGUUCACCCCCCCCCCCCCCAAAUGAGUAAAAACUACAAGAUCAGCCAUAAAAAAUGAGCCUUCAUUCAGCUCCGCAGAUAUUCCAACCGCCAUAACUUUAGAUUCAUAUGAUGACGAUGCAAAACAUGUCCGUUACCGCAUGGGGAUGCUGUAAAAACAAAACCCAUAAUACUGUGGUGGGAUAGUCCCCCCCCCCCCAAAUUCCAGUCCAUAUGUAUUUUUAAGCUUUCCACUGUAUCACAUGCAUAUAAAAUGAUGCCAUUAGAAAGCGAAAUUCGUUCUGAGAAAAUAAAAAAAACAGGCCCACCUACGGCUUUGUGAACGGAUCAAUCAAGUUAUGGCCAAUAUCAGGGGGUCUGCUCCGGGACUUACCUGGGUCUGAUUUCUGGAGGUGUUCCUGUGCCAACCAGACCCCCGAUGCAAUGGAGGAAACCUACCUGUGCCUGUAAUAUCUCUGUCUAUACUAAUAAAAGGUCUGAGCACAUGGCGCCUUUCUAUG